AUGGAAGACAAUCAAACUGCUCAAGAGAUGAACCAAGAGGAUGCAGCUGCUGCAUGGCGAGCGGCCAGGACCCAGAAAAGCUGCUUGCAUUCGGGCAAGGUUGGACAGAAAGACUCGGACGGGGAGAAGUGGACGACGCUCGAGGCGACAUGGCGAGUGGGAACGCUUCCCUUCCGGCUGGCGCACAACAAGCUCGCAACGAAUUGGAAGGGGAGGACGAGGUCCACAUGGAAUGGGAGACUAGAGCAGGCUGUUGCAAGCUUGAAAACUUACGGGAACAACACUCCUCACUCUGUCUCAAUGAUUCGCAUGAUCUUGGACAGCGUCAUCACCUCUUCAUGCAUCCCAGAGGGCGUCAACAGGAUCUCACAGGACCUGGGAGGAUGCCUGAAGGUGUGGUGGUUCUUUCCUGAGACCCUCAGACAUCAAGCAGAAGCCGAGCGCUUCAUCUUUUACGUGCAUGGCCCUACGGCAAGCCCCAGCUCGAGCGCUCAUCGAGACCUCGUCUCCAGGAUUGCUCUCGAUGCUCAUGCUGCGGUUGUCCUCGUGGACUACAGGCGCACACCAGAGAACACCAGGGAGGAGAGCCAGGAGGACAUCAACAAAGCUUUCCGGUGGUUCAUAGAGCAGCCCGGGGUGUGUCCGGCAAACCUUCUUGUGGCGUGCGAUGGGCUCGGGGCCUCGCUAGCCAUCAACUUGCUCUACCUCGCAGAAUCCAGCGGGAGCAGCUGGGAGAAAUUCUCAUCUGUUGACUGGGUAUCGAAGCGAAUCCAAAGCUUCGUCGCCGCAGACUACGCUGGGCUGCUUCCGCUUACCGAUCCUCUCGUCUCUGCAACCCUGGCUGACUUCAAAGGAUUUCCUCCUGUCUAUAUCUCCGUCGGGCAAUGCGAAGUGUAUCACGACCAGAUCGUCGCCCUGUCGGAGAAGAUGCGAAAUGCCGAGCUUAUCGUCGAGUUGGACGAGGCACAGGAUAUGGUUCACUGCUACCAGUUCUUCUCAAGCCUACACUCGGCGUGUGCCGCCGGCAUUCUUCGGAUCGCUGCGUUUGCAAGGAAGUUCGCCCCCGGCCACCUGAGGUUGUCGACUGAGCAGGUAGAUGCCAUUAUAGCCCAAGGACAGGCCGGCAGUGAUGUAUUCAAGCCACCACCAGCAGAGGGAUAA